CACCAAAGCUUGAAAUAAAAACUCAAAGAUUGGGAGGGAAGAAAACAAAAAGGAAAGGGAGGUGGGGAAAAAAGCAACACAAAAACAACCAUUUCCUUUGCUCUGUUAGAGACAGAGAGGAAACAAAUUAACAGAAUACUAUGCCAAAUAUAUAUAUAUAUCUGUAAAAAAAACUUCCUAUCAGCUGCUACUUCCAACCUCUCGCUCUGCCUCCCAUCCCUUAUACACAGACAGGACCUUGUGAGCACUCCAUUUUUCAUCCACUUACAGCUGGAAUAUCAUUAACAUCACUCUUUGUUGCUCAAGUUUCUGAUUUUUCCAUGAAGUUUGCUGAAAGAUUAGCCGGUUUUAGGAUCUGGGAAGUGUAGACCCUCACUUACAUAAAUUGCUUGUGAGCUGACAAGAGAGGGGUCACAUCUGGAACACAUCUGUCUCCUUGGAGUGUGAGAAGGAGAAAAUCUGAUUUUGGAUUUUUUUUUGCUGGGGCUGUUAGUACAGAGGGGUCCAGACGGGAAUGCUGUUGCAUCGCAGAGGAGAGGAGGUGAAGGUUACUUUGCAAGAGUGUGGAUAGAGUAUAAGAGGAAGGCUGGUGGAUCUUCUAAGACAGUUCACCCAGUUUCUUUUUCCUGGGGGACUGUCACCUCUCAGAAUGAGUGGGGAUGUCCUCUAGCCGCUCCUGACCCUGUGCAGUGCGGCCGGCGGGGGGCAUCCCAUUUGAGGGCAAAGGAAUUAGGUAGUUGGCGAUGGGCAUGCAGAAGCUGGUGGCUCUGGCUGUUGCGGUGGCUUUGCUAUCACUUAUACUAAAUAACAUAGCUGCCUUUACCCCAAACUGGGUGUACCAAACAUUAGAAGAGGGGCGCAAACGCAGUGUAGGGCUGUGGAAAAUGUGCCUGGCUGGGAGAGUGGCACUGGGGACCUAUGCUCGAAAUGGGCAAAUAGAUGAAAGGGAAUGCCACCCACUUGGAUGGGGAUCAGAACCAUCUGGCUUACAGGAAUCCCGCAACACAGUGAAAUUGCAGUUUGACAUGAUGAGAGCCUGUAAUCUGAUUGCUACAGUUGCCCUGACGGUUGGACAGAUCAUUUUUUUAAUGGGUCUGGUGGGGAUGACCAUUGUGUCUCAAGAUGCACAGUGGUUUGAAGAAGCUAUAGCAGCAUUAUUUCAGCUAGCAAGUUUUGUUCUGGUCAUUGGAUUGGUGACAUUUUACCGUAUUGGACCUAACACCUAUUUAUCCUGGUCCUGCUACCUGGACAUUGGAGCUUGCUUGCUUGCGACACUAGCUGCCGCUAUUCUCAUCUGGAAUAUCCUCCAUCGCCGAGAGGACUGCAUGGCUCCUCGCGUCAUCGUCAUCAGCCGCAGUCUUACUGCGCGCUUUCGCAGAGGACUAGAGAAUGAUUACGUGGAGUCACCAUGCUGAUAGCGGGCUAGGUGUAGAAUUCAUCAAAAAAAAUGGCAAAGCAGUCAUCAAUAAAAACAGGAAACGGAACAGCCGAGUGAAAACCUCUAAUUAUAGAACUUAAAAAUAUAUAUUUUGUCCUUCUUAAUGGUUUAUGAGGAGGACUUGGAAACUAAAGUGGUGAAAAAGACUCCCUAUGAUAAAAAAUACGCAAAGACUUGAAUUAAUGGAAUAUACAGCAUCAAGAUCAUAUAACAAACAUUCAUAAAGUUGCAGCGAGGAGUUAUUUGGGGUUUUAGAAAGUCUACGUGGAUACAAAUCAUGAAUAUAUUUGUGUUUUUUUAAUAUAUAUUUGGUACCUAAAAAUCUAAAACAGUGGACACUAUAGCAAUGUUUUCUUGGCUACAUGGUGGAAAUUCUAGAAACGGAAUACUCUCAACGUUGAUGUUUUUUUUUGUUUAUUUAAAUAUUUUACAGAACUACCAAAUGUAUUUGAGAGUUCCUCUAGGUCUGAUCCCACAGAAUCUAAUAUUCACUUCCACAUAGAAUGAACUUUUAAAGAGGCGUGAAAGGCACAAUUGUUUCAACGUUCAUAUGGAAGAGCAGGAAUUAUAAAGGCAGCACAUAUUUUUUUUUGCAUUGAAAAUAUUACAUACAAGCUAUUUAAAAUUAAUUGAAACCAGCAGGAAAUGCAUGUUUGUACAUAAAUUAUACCAAAGUAUCCAUUGCUUAGUUCUUUAUAGAAACAGCCCUUGCAGUUUUAUUGGCUGACAGGGACAAGUCUCCACAAGCCUCAAAACAAAAACUAGUUGUUUCAGCGCAAGAAAAUCAAAUCUGAAAAAAACAAUUUUAAAAUGUCCUCUUUAAAGAGACAGUAAAGUCAAAAUUAAACUUAAAUAGAUUGGAUAGAGCAUGACAUUUUAAACAACUUUCUAAUUAAGUUCUGUUAUCAAUUUUGCUUAAUUCGCUUGGUAUCUUUUGUUAAAGAGUAAACCUAGGUGAGCUCAGGAGUGUGCACGUGUCUUUAGCCAUCUGGUUGCAGUGUUUGAAAACAAUGUUUAUAGCAAUGUUCUAACACGACUGCUAUAAAAUGCUACAGACACUCUACGGCAGCAGAGUUUGCAACUAUAACAUUGUUUUAAACAUUCUUGCAUACAUUGUUGCCAGAUGGUUAAGAAAACGUGCACUCUCCUGAGCUCACCUAGGAUACACUUUAACAAAGGGUACGAGAACUAUGCAAUAUUUAUAAUAGAAAUAAAUUGGAAAAUUAAAAUGUCAUGCUCUACCUGAAUCAUGGUAGCUUAAUUUUGACUAGACUGUCCCUUUAAGAUGCAACAAAAAUGCCUUUCAUGUGCCUUUAAAGAAAUUUAGCACUUUUUCUCCAUCAGAUUAGUAAAAUAAUGUGUAUAUGUGUAUGAAGCUAUAAGCAGGGUGUUUAUUUGAGUUAAAGGGACAUGAGGCACAAUUUUUUUCUUUCAUGAUUCAGAUAGAGCAUUCAGUUUUAAACAACGUUCCAAUUUACUUUUUAAAGCUAACUCCCAGUAGUGCAUUGCAGCUUCUAAACCUACAUAGGUAUGCUUUUUAACAAAAGAUACAAAAGAGAACAAAGCUAAUUAGAUAAUACAAGUAAAUUGGAAAGUUGAUCAAUAUUGAAUACUCUUUCAUGAAAGAAAAUAAAAAUUAGGUUUCAUGUCCCUUUAAAGGGAUAGUAAACCCAAAUAUUUUGUUUCAUGAUUCAGACAGAGCAUGCAAUUUUAAGCAACUUUCUAAUUUACUCCUAUUAUCAAUUUUUUUUCAUUCUCUUGGAAUCUUUAUUUGAAAAAGCAAGAAUGAAAGCUUUGGAGCCGGCCUAUUUUUGGUUCAGUAUCCUGGAUAGGGCUUGCUGAUUGGUGUCUAAAUGUAGCAAUCCAAUCAGCAAGCUCUACCCAGGCGCUGAACCAAAAAUGGGCCGGCUCCUUAGCUUAAGAUUCCUGCUUUUUCAAAUAAAGAUACCAAGAGAAUGAAGAAAAAAAUCAUAAUAGGAGUAAACUAGAAAGUUGGUUAACCUCUUAAGGACAUAUGACGGAAUUUUUCCGUCAUAAAACAAUUGAGCAAACUGAAAGCUGUGUCCUUAAAGGGUUAAAAUUGCUGCUCUAGCUGAAUCAUGAAAGAAAAUAUUUGGGUUUCAUGUCCCUUUAAUGUCAAAUGGUUCUGAGAUUCAAUAGUUAUUGUAUGGCAGAAAGCUGCUUAGAAAAUAUAGAAAUGUAUUUUUUAUUCUUAAACUAUUUCCAUAUAAUUCAAGUUUCACAUCUGAAAACAAAUAUAAAGGAUGAAAAAAUAUCACCAAUGUUAUAAACUAUUAAUGUAAAUGAAUAUAAAAUAACAGCACAAUUUAAUGGUUAUUAUUAUUUAUCAUCUGGUUCUUGUAAAGCCUAAAUAAAUGAACAUGUAAAAAAAUCUUUAUAUGGAUAAAUCUCAGUUUAUUAAAUACUGCAACCCAUGUACGUCUCUUUUAAAGGGACAUAUUGCUCAAAAUGUUUUCUAUCAUGUAUGUAAAAAAGCCAGCAGUUAACCAUAUUAAAGGGACAGUCUACUCCAACAAA